UUGAUCUCCUUCUCUUCAGGGCUGAGGCCAGAUCAGUGAGGAUGGACUACGAGGUCUUGGUCUCCAGUAAAGAGUGUCCUGAUGCACCUGAGGUCAGGUCAUUCCAGAACGGAGUCAGUACAAUUCUUCCCUGUAAACAGACAGAAAUCUUCAAACUAAACGGCACAAAGGACGUUCGAUGGAUGAAGGACUGCCAACCAGUGCGGCGGGAAGGAGAGGCCCCCUCUGUGGAUGAACGAGGCGACAUGAUGCUGCCGGAGGCCUCAGAGAGCGACGCUGGAAACUACACCUGCCUGGUGGACGUUAGCCUGAAUGGAAGAACGUACACGGCUGCACGCAGCAUCCAGCUCGCUGUCACCGACCCUGAGAUCCCUGGUACGGUCCAGGUGAUCACCCCUCAACAGGACGUUGUCAUGGUGAAAGUCGGUACGAGAGCAGAGCUGAAGUGUCUGGCCUACACAGGCUUCGCUGAGGAAAAUGAAACUUCAAUGUACUGGACUGUGGAUGGGUCUUUCACUGAAGAACACAAGGGGCUCAGUGAGUCCUGGGGAUUUUUUACUGACAGGGGAAAGGUGUACGCCCGGUCCACUCUGUCCAUCUCUAACGUCCGUCAUCAGUUCCUGAAUGUCCCCAUUAAAUGCAUUAUAAUGAACCCAGGUGGAGAAGAUGUCGGCGUGGUGUGGCUUCAAGAAGCGGACCACAGCGCCCUCUACAUGAGUGUGGCUGCCUCCCUGGCUACUCUGGUCCUGGCUGCCUCCUUCUUCUUCUUUAAAGUCGACCUGGUUUUGGCUUACAGGAAACUUUUGAGACAUUUUCUGAAACAACAAGUUCCUGAUGGGAAACUGUACGACGCCUACGUGAGCUUCCUCCAUCCUGACAACCUGAGUGCAGACGUGACGGCGAGCUUCGCCCUGAACAUCCUGCCUGAGCAGCUGGAGAAUCAACAUGGCUACUCGCUGUACAUCAGAGGACGGGACGACUGUCCUGGAGAAGCGAUGCAUGAUGCCAUUGCUGCUGCAGUCCAUCAGUGCCGCAGACUGAUAAUCAUCCUGUCUUCUGAUGAUAAAACAAGGGAAACGUCGCCCUUACAGGAGAACCAAAAGCAGCUGUGCUACGAGCAGAAAGUUGGCCUUUAUGACGCCCUGACCCAGAAGGAUCCCCGAGUGAUUCUGGUGGAAAUUGAUGGUCCUGUGGAUUACAGUCGUCUACCAGAGUCUCUGCGCUACAUAAAGAGGAAACAAGGAGCCUUGAAAUGGAAGAAAGUUUUCCUUGGAACACACAAACUCACUGAAUUACACUCAAACAGAAAGUUCUGGAAGAACCUCAGAUACCACAUGCCCCCAGUGCCAGCAAGAAGACUCCAGACUGUUGUCUGAACCAAGUGAAAAACGUUUUCAACGUUUGGUAUCCUAACGUUCUGCGGAUGGGAAGAAUCAGAGAUGUUCUGUUUACAUGAGGACAUUCAGGCCUGUUUCCUGGAACUCUUUAAUUCUACAGUCAUCAUCCAUCGGUCAUCAUCACCUUCAUUCAGUAACAGGAGGAUCGUUAUAAACUAACUGGACUGACUGCCUGCACAGGGAUUUUCAUGUUUACAACAAGGAUGGAAAAACUUCUAUUGGAUUUCUUAUUGGAAUAAAACAGGAAUGAUACAGCUGUUGAACAGACUUUUCCUUGGUUCUUGCUUUUAAGAACUACAGGUUUAACACCAGAGACGCCGCUAUUAUUCUGAUGUUGCAUCAAUCACCAGAGAUGCGUUUAAGUCUUGAGAAUCACAAGCUACUGUAUGUGUUUAAUAUGUGACAAUAAGCCUGUCUUGAAGUAUUUGAAGGGAUAUUUAUUUUUUUAUUGACAAAUUUGUUGUAGAUUUAAGUACAUAACAAAUAGUUCUCUUUUUAACCUAGAAACUGAUAUCAGCCUGUGUUUACAUUGUCUUUUUGAUGUACUGUGAAUUCUGUGAAUAUCAUUCUGAACACAUGUGACCUUUUUUUCUGUCAUCUCUGUCUUUGUGACUAAGUGAAAUGCACUGUUGUAGUAUAUAAACAUUAACAAUAAU